UCGAGCAACAUUCAUUGUUAGCUCUCGCUAAAGAACAGUUAUAAUAGUUCAUCCCCCAGCUAAAACAGGGUUGCAUUUUAAUAAAGUUUCGUGUCAAACUUAAAGUGUAAAACAGUGUUUUAAAAAUAUAAAUUUUUUAAGAACAAUAAAAUUAAUUAAAAAAAAAAAUUCAAAAUAAUACAAAAAUGUGCACCGUAGAAGCUCAACCUAUUCAUGUCUACCAAGGAACUUUGGACUUGGAAAGUAAAAUUGAUGAGUGGGAUUUAAGGAAUCAAGAUGCAGCAAUUAAUAUUUGUGACUUGUCACAACUUGUCAGUAAAUAUAAUGACUGGAGAAGACUUAUGCCAAAUGUUAUGCCAUAUUAUGCCAUCAAAUGUAACGAUGAAUUACCAAUUUUGAAAACCCUUGGCGAUUUGGGUACUGGUUUUGAUUGUGCAUCGAAAGCUGAAAUUGAACAAGUCCUCAGUCUCGGAUUCGAUUCGGAGAAAAUUAUCUUUGCCAAUCCAAUGAAGUCAAUUUCACACAUUCAAUAUGCUAAAGAGAAUAAUGUCACUGACAGUACUGUUGAUAAUGAAUUUGAAAUUUACAAAAUAUUCAAAAAUUAUCCUGAAUCAAAUGUUGUUGUACGUUUUCGUUCAGAUGCAAAUAAGGCAUUAAGUCCACUUGGUAAUAAAUUUGGUUGUAAUGCUGAAGAAGAUGGUGUUGCUUUGAUGCUCUUGGCUAAGGCGCUUGACGUUAAUGUAAAAGGAGUAAGUUUCCAUGUUGGAUCUGGUUGUGGUGAUUUGCCAGCUUACGGAAGAGCUAUUUGUACAGGAAGUGCCUUAUACAAAGCUGGAAAUUUGAUUAAACACAAUAUGGAAUUAUUUGAUAUUGGUGGUGGAUUUCCUGGAGAUGAUGACGAGAUGUUUUCCAAUAUCGCCGAAUUAGUGAACAAGUCUUUGGACAAAUAUUUAAGCGAUGUGAAAGCUAAAGUUAUUGCUGAGCCAGGACGUUACUUUGUGUCAACAGCUUAUACAACAAUUUGCAAAAUCUAUUCAAAACGUGAACUCAGAGGUCGUGAGGGUCAAUUGGAAAAAGUCAUGUAUUAUGUAAAUGAUGGAGUUUAUGGAACAUUCAAUUGCAUUUUAUAUGAAGAUAUUAAAUAUAAUGUAAUUCAUUUUAAGAAUGCUGAUAGUGAAACAUUUAGCAGUUUAAUUUGGGGACCAACUUGUGAUGCUUGUGAUAAGAUCUGCGACAAUAUUAAUUUACCGAAUCUCAAAGAUGGCGAUUUUAUUGCAUUUCCAAAUAUGGGCGCUUAUUCUAUUCCAACAUCGAGUCCAUUUAAUGGAUUUACAUUGCCAAAAACGAGAUUUUAUAUUAGAAAAGAUUUGCAAAUGAUUUAAGAUAAAUAUUUAGAAAAUUAAAUUUAGAAAUUAAGAAUUAGAAUAAUUUAUAAGACAUAUAGGUACUUAAAAAAAAUAUAAAAAUCCGAAUAAAAACUCAAAAUAUAAUUAG